CGCAUUCCAAGCAAUAUGUUAUAUUGAGUUCUGGGUGCUCUGGUCAUGGGGUGGGGAUAGUAUAGGAAGAACCAAGCUAGAUAUCGAUCUACCGAUCGUCGAUCGGUAUGCAUGCGAAGCUAUAGUUAGUUAGUUCGGCCAACUCGGCCGUCAAUAUGUUGGAGACGAUCCUCAUCGCGGUGAAAGCCAUCGAGACGGCGGUGGUAUUCGUCGCCAGAUCGGGGAGGACGGCGAGCGAGAUCAAGAUCAAGUGCCAGAACCUCUCCGACCGUGUGAAAACCCUGGAAACAAUCUUGUCCCACUACCGGAGGGCCAACCGCGACGGGCCGGCCAUGGCCACCGCGCUGGAUAGCCUCGGCGUUGCCCUCAGCGACGCGCUCAGGCUCGUCGAGUCCCACAAGAGCGCCGCCGUCGGCGAUUUGUUUCCCAAAUUCCGCAAGAGGGACCUCGACGAGCUCGUACACGCCGACCAGAAGAUCGAAAGCUGCAUCAGGGACCUCGAGCUCGCCCGCGAAGCUGAUGGCCAUCUUGCGAGAGCCGUGGCCCCAGCACCGCAGCGCAUCACCAUAAACAACUGCAUCAACGUGAUGGUCCUGGUCCAGUUCAAUCGACUAGGAGGAGGAGCCCCAAGUAGCUCUGCUCCCUCCUCACUGCCAAGUCUUCCUCCUCUUAGGAAGGCGGCCGUGGUGCCACCCGCAGAGGCGAGGAGAACCCACAGGGAGCAGAAGAACCACCCAGUGCAGCCAACCACGGAGACGACAAGAGAAACCCACAGAGAGCACAAGAACCACCCAGUGCGGCCACCCACGGAGACGACAAAAGAAACCCACAGAGAGCACAGGAACCACCCAGUGCGGCCACCCACGGAGACAAGAGAAACCUACAGAGAGCACAAGAACCACCCAGUGCGGCCACCCAUGGAGACGACAAGACAAACCCACAGAGAGCACAGGAACCACCCAGUGCGGGCAAGCCGCGACCUUCCCGAUUCAUCCCCGCAACGGCAACACCGUCCUCUUCGGGAGAUGGUCGACGGUGGAACCUCGCAUCACAACAACCCUGGAAGCACUCAAGCAACUGUAGCACGGGUACCACGUGCGCAAUACCGUGGUGUACCGGCGCGCGCCGUCGAUCGGCCGCCUCCCCGCGAAUCCCCUCCCCGCUGAUAAGCAGGGAAAAGUCAAAGGGAACUGAAGUGGGGGCAAGACUUCUAGAGCGGGUGGAAAGUGAGAUCUACAGGGUGUCGAGAGGAUGGAAUCCUAGCAUAUUGCGCAUAACAGGUUGCUGAAGAUGACGUCCUCUGUGACUAUUGAUGUUUCUCUCGCCCUGAUAGCCCUCUUUGGAGUAGUUCGGUUAUUUGCCCAGUUUAUGUUAUUUACUUUAUCUUUUGCAUGGCGAGCAUCGUUUAUGUCAACUUUGUAAUAUGCACCUAUUUUUGACACUCUCUAGUUUACCUUUAUGGGUGUAGUAGCAGUUGGUUCUAGAGUGUAGUUUAGUGUUUCGGAGGUCCGUCUCCUUCACCAUGCUAGCUCUGCUGAUGGGGUGAGUUUGAUGUUUGUAAGGACUACUAUGGUUUUCAUAAUGAAAAUCAGGCGGAAACCGUAUGCAUGUUGCCUACUUUUGGGGUCUUC